UGUAAAUAAUCAACCAGUUUCUUUUAUGGUUGACAGUGGUGCAACUCACUCAGUUCUUAAGACAGGCACCCUAAAUCCCACUCCACCACUCAGUGGUAAGACUGUUAUUUCUGUGUCUGCUGGAGGCCAUCAUGACAAAGAAAAAUUCACGGUACCUUUAACCUGCUCAGUACAAGGUGAGCAUCCAUUUACACAUUCCUUUCUUUUGUCCAAAGUUUGUCCUGUAAAUUUACUGGGCCGUGAUCUGAUGUGCAAACUGGGAAUUCAGAUUUCCUCUGGGUCUCAGGGGCUGACCAUAUCAUGUUCAUCUUCUGACACUGAGGAAAAAGAUUUAAUGAUGGUUAAAUAUAACCCAAGAGCUCCCUGCUAUGCUUAUCAGUGGAAAAUGGGAAGCUCCCCUCUUUCUUCACACUGGCUGUCCCUCUGCAGAGCCAGAGUCUCCCCUGGGGCAGAGGUGAUGGGGGAGAGGGAAUUACAUUGCACAUCCUACAUCUGUCCUGAUGGGCCAGAUCAGCAGUAUGAAAAAAUCUUUUUUAGGGACUGCUCUGACAAACUGACUGUGACAUGUAUGUUUUGGAAUGAGAGUAUGUGUGUUUUGUCUGUCUCACUAACCUCUGACCAACAGAAGUUGUUUAAACUUCACACACACCCACACGUGUCUCUUUCCAAGUCCCACUCGACUGAGUGGAAGGAUUUGGGCCCCUUUGUUGCUACUGCUCUCAGAGAGUCUCAGUGGCAAUCCACUCAUGACUCAGCAGUUUUGUUUUCUCCAAGGCUGGGUGUGUUUAAGCAGAGCAUGCUCUCUGUGAUUCACUGCCAGAAAAGUGUUCAGUUGGUAGAUGAUGAUUUUCUGACAUGUUUAUCUGCUGACUCACCCUUGCCACCUGUUCCCCCAUCUCUCUCUCAGGUUCCCUCUGAUUUAUGGGCCACUUCGCCCCAUGAUGUGGGCCUGGUUAAGAACUGCCCCCCAGUAGUCAUCACUCCGAAAUCUGACUACCGCCCCUGCCAGAAGCAAUAUCCUCUCAAACCUGAAGCUUUGGAGGUUCUCUCACAGGUGCAGAGUGUGGUGAAAGAGGCCCUGCCACGCCCAGCAUCAGAUCUGCUUCACUCCUUGGUUCCGGGAGAUUGGAUCUUGGUUCGAGAGACGAGGAGAAAGCACUGGCGGUCUAAAAGGUGACUGGGUCCCUUCCAGGUCCUGUUGGUCACUCAUACAGCCGUGAAGGUCGCUGAAAGGUCCACGUGGAUUCACGCGUCCCACUGUAGAAGGUUUCAAAGUACCCCAACUCCAGCUGACCUCUCAACCACAGGGCAGAAUAAUCCCUGAGGUCAGCCCCGUGCGAGAUGGUCCAUUCUCCACGGGACAACAUGAAGUACACCCAGACUGCCGUGAGGGGAUGGUCGUGCGUCAUCCUCUUCAUCCUUAUCACCUCCCUCCUCUGGUACCUGGAUCCAACCGGACCUCACCUGACACAACGCACCCCAGCUUCGUCCCAACCCGCCAGACGACUGCAGGGGACAGAAGCACCCUCCCUCAGGAGGCACCGCCGAGAUAACCACAUCCUUCAGCAUCAUGAUCACACUGAGAAUCUUUGGUGGCAAGUUGCCAAUUUGUCUGCUCAUAAAUUGACAAAUGACAGUUGCUAUGUUUGUGGACUGGUGCCGCAUGCCACACCCACUCAAUCAGUUUUUAUUCCAUAUCCAGUCCCUUUGAAUACCACUUUGUGGACUCUGAUCAUGGGUAAUAGAUUACACCCUAGGAACAUUACUUGGCCACACCAGCGCCCUCCCCUCUCCUGGAGGAGACCAGCUGAGUUUUCCAGCAACACAAACUCCACUUGUGUUUCAUCCAGAACUGUCUUCCGCUUAAGGGAUCGUACAAAUCCAUAUUCUUCUCCACCUCUUUGUUUUCAGCGAAAUGGGACAGAUGCACUAUUCUUUUUAGGACACACUCUAGGUUGUCAGCGUAUCAUUUCAGCCUCAUGUAUAUCCUCACCUUGCCCCAAACGCUCUGACCCGUUCACUUUAAAUCCUCGUGAUUUAUUCCCUGAUAGUUCUCCCUCUACAGAGUGGGGCUUAGGAGUUGUUGUGUUUAACCUUACAGCUCUCUUACCUUUUCCUGACCUUCCUAUGUACAAUAAUUCUGUUCUUAACACCAUUUGGUCUUAUAUCCCAUCAGAUACCGGCUUUGGAUGUCCUCAGAACAUGGUUUGGACAUGUGGCAGACACUCUUAUAUUUACCUUCCUGUCAAUUGGUCUGGAACAUGUUAUCUGGCUUAUCUGCUCCCUGAUGUCUCUGCGUUUACUCUAACCCCAAAUGGUACAUUGCGGCCUUUUCCUGAACCCUUUCAUCACCCCCAUCGUGUUAAACGCGGUAUCUUCUCUCCACAGAUGAAAGGAUUUAUGAUGGCUUUGCCCUGGUGGGGGGUUGGGGAACUAGCAUGGACUGUGGAAGAUCUAUCAAUCUCUUUGCAAAAUUUAACCUCUCUGGUGGAUUCUGGGUUUAGCUUGCUGCAAAAGGAAGUCCAAGCCUUGAGAAUAAUGUCCCUACAAAACCGGAUGGCCCUCGAUUUUCUACUAGCUGCACAAGGUGGCACUUGCGCUCUGAUUGGAGAUCAAUGUUGUACUUUUGUCCCUGAUACAUCUACUAACUUGUCUGUGAUUCAUGAUGCCCUUACUGAUCUCUGGGACACCCUACAUGACCGCAACAAUGCUAAUUUGCCCUCUAAGGGGUGGGAUUUCUGGAACUGGCUUACUAGUGGUUCCUGGAUCUUGGUUCUGACCAGGGUUGCUACUCUCCUGGCUAUAUUUCUCUUGUGUGUUCUAGUUGUUUUUUGCUGUGUUCUUCCUCUGAUCAAAUGUACGCUUAACAGAACAUUUAAUUUCCAUGUUCAUCAUUAUACCCCAGAGGAUGUCACUCCCUAUUAUGACAGUGGUGAUUUGGAAUUCUUUGAGUGAAUUUUUUCUUUAUUCUUUAAUUGUGAUUAAUAUGUUACAUUUUAAUCAAAGGGGUGGACUGUAAUGAAAAAAUUAUAAAUAUACCCUUAUAGU